ACCUGAUAAUGAGGACGAGGGGAGGGUGUGCUAAUGUUUACAACCACAGGGCUGUCAAUAAUUUUAUCGUAAAAACUGUGAUUUUGUCGAUACUUCAGUAGCAUAUGAAAAGACAAGUAUACAGGGACGCAAACUAAAUGACCUCUUCUCGCAUUCAGGUUUUUGUUAACUGUGAGACAUCUGGUUGCUCUCGACUCACUGUGUUACACAGUGAAUCUGAGUGGGCAUUUGGAAAGAACCUUUCAGUGUGUACAUUGUGCUGGUAAACAGUGUCCUGAUGGAGUGGGUGUUCAUCAUGAACCGGAUGAGCUCUCAGGGUAGCUCUGCAGCGCAGCGGAGGCGGAUGGCUCUGGGAGUGGUCAUACUCUUGCUGGUGGAUGUCAUCUGGGUAGCCUCCUCUGAGCUCACCUCAUACAUUUUCAAGCGACAGGAGUACAACAAACCCUUCUUCAGCACAUUCACCAAGACCUCCAUGUUUGUACUCUAUUUGCUGGGGUUCCUGCUGUGGCGACCCUGGAGGCAGCAGUGCACUGGCACACUGAAACGGCGGCAUUCGGCAUUUUUUGCUGAUGCUGAGGCCUACUUUGCACCCUGCACCACUGACACCACUGUCAACAACUGUUUGAGUGAACCACUCUAUGUUCCGGUGAAGUUCCAGGAUGUACCUGCUGAGCACUCAAAUUGUUUAAUUGGAGACUGUGAAACUUCAGCUUCUAAAAAGCAGCGGGUGCGUUUCAGUAACAUCAUGGAGGUGCGUCAGCUGCCCUCUACUCAAGCCCUGGACGCCAAAUUGUCCCGCAUGUCCUACCCAGCUGCCAAGGACCAUGAGGCCAUGUUGCGCACAGUGGGCAAGCUAACCAUCACUGAUGUGGCCAAAAUCAGCUUCUUCUUCUGCUUUGUGUGGUUUCUGGCUAACCUGUCCUAUCAGGAAGCCCUGUCCGACACACAGGUCGCCAUUGUCAACAUCCUGUCAUCCACCUCAGGCCUGUUCACGCUCAUCUUAGCAGCCAUAUUUCCCAGCAACAGCAGUGACCGUUUCACCUUGUCUAAACUGUUAGCUGUAGCUCUGAGCAUGGGAGGUGUUACCCUUGUGAGUUUCUCCAGCAUGGACAACCCUGAUGAGAAAGGCGUCAUAGGUUCCUUGUGGUCACUGGCGGGGGCGGCGCUGUACGCAGUCUACAUCGUCAUGAUCAAGAGACGAGUGGAUCGGGAAGAUAAGCUUGACAUCCCCAUGUUCUUUGGGUUUGUGGGUCUGUUCAACCUGCUGCUGCUGUGGCCAGGCUUUCUUCUGCUCCACUACACGGGUUUUGAGGCCUUUGAGCUUCCCAGCCAGCUGGUGUGGACGUAUAUCCUCAUUAAUGGCCUCAUUGGAACCGUUCUCUCAGAGUUUCUCUGGCUCUGGGGCUGCUUUCUCACAUCAUCUCUAAUCGGGACUCUGGCAUUGAGCCUCACCAUCCCGCUCUCUAUAAUGGCAGAUAUUUGCAUGCAGAAGGUACGUUUCUCGUGGCUGUUUUUUGCUGGGGCGGUCCCCGUCUUCCUCUCCUUUUUCAUCGCCACGCUCUUGUGCCACUACAACAACUGGGACCCUGUCCUGGUGGGGCUGAGGAGAGUGUAUGUCUUCAUCUGCAGGAAACAUCGCAUUCAGAGACUGCCAGAAGACAGUGAGCAGUGUGAAAGCCUUAUUCCUCUACAUACCGUCUCCCCCAGCGAAGGAAGCUUCUGCUCAUGAUCCAGCAGUCAAACACAAAGUGGUGAGAGUGGAUUUCACUGAGCUGACAAUCUGGAAGCUUUCAGAGACAUUGAACUACCCCAGUGCCUCCUAUUAAAUCUAUUUAUUUUCAAGAGUGCUGAGACCACACAUCCAUUUCUACAAGCUCACUUCUAUUUUCGCAUUCCAGUCACCCCAGACUGAGAUCCUGUUUUUAUUUUUUGUCGAUGUUUUCUGUGUAGUAAAAAGAAAACCUUACGGUUCUCAAGGUGCUGGACAUUAUCAGUGAAUACUAUAGUGUCAUGUGACCAAAUGAAACGGUACAUAUUGAACUGGAUCAUAACACUAACAGAGGCAGAGUAGCUGUGUGUGUUUUUCCUAUUGACAGUCUCCAUUUCACAGUCACGAAAUUUUUUCAGGCUGAACAUUCUUCUGUACUGGACAUUGUUAUUUUUGUCUAUACGCCUUUUAAAACUGUGCUGCUAUUUUGUACGUUUUUGUGUGAAGCAGACAGAGUGCAUUUUCAUAAAUGACAUAUGUAAAAAGUUUGUUUUUGGUUUGGCUGCCUUUGAUAGAGAAAUCCUGCUUUUCCAUAAAUCAGCCGUAUGACAUACUUCAUAUGAGUCAAUCAAUAUGACUGCAAUGUUUUCAGGAUGUGUGAUGUGGUAGAAUCUGAAACUAAGCACGGUGUUGAGUUGAUCUUACCAGCAUCUUCAGUUUGGGUAAUGACAGAACCAUUGAGAGUGACUUGUGCGUGCAUUGUGAGAUAUUUUUUCACUUACUUUAGACCUCCAGAUGAUACUGACUCUGUCCUGAUAGUAUUCAACAUUUUAAAGGGGCAGUUCAGCCCCAAAUUAAAAAUACAUCUUUUUUCCCCUCGCCUGUAGUGCAGUUUAUCAGUCUAGAUUGUUUUGGUGUGAGUUGCUGAGUGCUGGAGAAAUUUGCCGUAGAGAUGUCUGCCUUCUCUUAAAUAUGAUGGCACUAGAUGACAUUUGGCUAGUGGUGCUCAAAGUGCCAAAAAAAUCAUUUGAAAAACUGAACAGCAUUGUGUCUUUCCAGAACUCAUGACUCAGGAUAAACCACAUACCUUGUUGUGAGCAGUUUAAUGUAGGAACUAUUUACUUUUUACUGAACUACACCUACCAACCUUAUCACCAUGCAGAAGCAGAAGGAAGUGUGCAUGUAUCUACUGCUGGCUCACCUAACACCACUGAGCUAGCUAAUGUUACAGCCCAGCCAAGAAGAUUGCAAUUAAUAUUUCCAUCUCACUCUCUCAUGAGCACGAGCCUCUCGUCCCUGACUGGAUGCGUGUUCCCUUCUGCACGAUUAUACAUUCGGCAGGUGUAGUUUGGUAGAAAGUAAUUAGUGCCUAAGUGAAAAUUCCUCACACAAGGUCUAGGUCUAAACUGAUACAGGUAAGGGGAAAAGUUUAGUGUGAACUGUCCCUUUAACUUCUCUCAUUAAAUAUUUUAUUUUUAGUCCUUAUUUUCGUUUGUUAUGGAAACCUUUGUAGCCGGACAUGAAGUAAAAUGUAAUCACACUACAGCUGAACAAGAAUCCUUCAACAUCCUUCAACAGCUUUCUUGUUUCCCUCUGUACCUCUGACAGUGCUGGAUCAUGAAGACAAACUGUGAUAGAGACAUAAUAUUUGUGUUUUAAUAUGAACAUAUGUUAAGCCUUCUGCUAUAAGCUACAAAUGCCUUGCUGCAAUAACGGUCGUCUGCUCGUACUGUAUGAGCAGUUUCCUUUUCCAAAUGAGUGUAAAUACUGUACACAGUGAAGCAUUAACAGAGAAUUGAUGUUUUGUUUAUGAAACUCAGAUGACCACUACAGAUUCCUGUCUGAGAUCGUGUAUUAUUUUAUAUUUUAUGUAUCAUUGUAAAUCAUUACUGCCAGAGGAAGUGUGUGCAUCACAGCAAAAUUCUCUUUUAUUAGCAACUGAGAUUAUAUCACAUUGAUUGGACUGUUGUAUAUGAUCAUUUAUGAUUUAUUUACUGUGUUUGUGAUUUCAUGUGAUGAGAAAAAAGCAUUUCUUUCAGUGUGCCUCAGUGUGUGUCAUGUAAACACUACAGUUGAAGGUGAAAUGUCAAUAUUAUUCCACAUCCUGUUAAAUGUCAGCUGUGUGUACAUCUUUAUGGAGUGUUUAUUGCACUCAGCAUUGACUGGAUGUAUGAAGUGGAGGAAGUAAUAACCGGCCUGUGAGGGUAAAGUAACAGGUUGAGCACUUUAAGUGACAGAUAUAAACUUUUCUCGUUCAUGUUCAUUGUUGCACUUGCAGUGUUUUUGCCAAUCAGUCCCUCCUGCCACAGUUGCAACUAUGAAAGCUUUUCAGGAAGAUUAGUUUCCCAUGUUGUUUGCUUAGAUUUCAAAAGAAAAUUAUCAUUAUUAUUUUUUCUCAUCUUUUAUCAAUGGUGCUUGUGAAAUCAUGGAUAUGAUUUUUUUUCUUUCUCAGGUUCUUUGUCUUGUUUUUCAUAUCUGAGCAGUUUCUUUGUCUUUCAAGUGUCAUUAUUGAAAAUGUUAUAUCUUAAAGAAGGCUCUAAUAGUAACAUCCCUUUUAUCAACCUCAGCUCUUGAAUUAUCCUUUUAUUUUGUAAAUCUGUUUUCAUACUUACACUGCACUAUUAAAACAUC